UUGACCCCACGUGCCAGAGAAGAAAGGGCGCUUGAAUUAUCUACCUUUAUCCAGAAUUCAACUUAGUCAAACUCCAAACUCUAUCCUGAAAAACCGACCACAAAACGGCUCCGUAGCAUUCGUCUUCUCAAGUGUCUAUAAAAGUAGAAAGCUUUUUCUCGAUUUCGUUUUCGGUUAGCUUGGCCUCGUGUCGGCGAUUUCUUCGUUCCUUUAGCUACGCAAAAAGACGAAAAAGGACAUGCCUUGGCCUCUAAUGGUUCCAACUUCUCCCAUUUUCUCACCCAAAAAAGUCUCUUCGAUUUUCUGCAAAUCGGACGGUUCAUCUUUCUCCUCAUCUCCACGCAUCAACGGCUCUCAAGCGCCUCCAUCUCCGUCGACGUCAUCUCUUCCUUUAUCCUCUCCCAAAUCACCAAUUCCACUGUCACCCACCUUAGUUAAGACACCGCCGUCGCCGUCAUCAUCAUCAUUGAAAUCUCCGUUGUCCCUUUGCGUCCCAAAGCAACAGCUUUCUUCGGGAGUCGAUACGGUGCGUUCGGUGGUGAAGAGGAAGAGGCCAACGAGGAUAGAAAUACCGAGCCCAAUGGCGGUCAAGCUGGGGUUCGCGGCGGAGACGCCGCGAGGAGAGGAGGAGGUGCAGGUGGAAGGGGAAGGAUAUUCCGUUUAUUGUAAGAGAGGUCGAAGGGGGACAAUGGAAGACUGUUACUCUGCCGUUAUUGAUCUUAACGGAGAUCCCAAACAGGCUUUCUUUGGUGUUUUUGAUGGCCAUGGGGGUUCAAAGGCUGCUGAAUUCGCGGCAAAGCACUUAGAUAAGAAGGCAAUGGAGGAGCUAUCAAAAAGAUGUGGGGAUGCCAUUGAAGAAGCAAUUAGGGACGCAUACGUAACCACAGACAUGGAUUUUCUAAAGCAAGAUCUGGGUGGUGGUGCUUGCUGUGUCACUGCAAUGAUUCAUAAAGGUGAUCUUGUUGUAUCAAAUGCCGGUGAUUGUCGUGCUGUUCUGAGCCGAAAUGGGGUAGCAGAAGCUUUGACUUCUGAUCACCAGCCUUCAAGGAAGGAUGAGAGAGACAGAAUUGAAGCUUUGGGUGGUUAUGUGGAUUGUUGCCAUGGUGUUUGGAGAAUUCAAGGUUCUCUUGCUGUAUCAAGAGCAAUUGGUGAUAAACAUCUUAAACAAUGGGUAAUUGCAGAACCUGAGACGAAAAGGUUAAAAAUUAUGCCUGAGUGUGAGUUUUUGAUCCUGGCAUCCGAUGGUCUUUGGAAUAAGGUUACUAAUCAAGAGGCAGUAGAUUUGGUUCGGCCUUUCUGCGAUGGUGUGGAUAAACCUAAGCCAUUUUCUGCUUGCAAAAAGCUUGCUGAAUUGUCAUCAUGGAGAGGCUCGUUUGAUGAUAUUAGUGUGAUGAUAAUUCAGCUACAAUGUUUUGUUUCUGGACUCGUCUAGGGUAAGACUUGUUUAGAAAGGAUCGGAGAAAGCUUUUGCUCCUCCUUCAAGUCUUCCAUUUUGAAUCAGAAACUUGCAGCUAUUGAGCUAGAAGACCACUUAGACCAGGGACAGUAGAAUGCUGCAGUUGGUUAUGGUAGUGACAGGGUGCAUUGAAUGGCUGCAAUAUUGGCUGGGAUGCCAAACUUUUCUUGCAGAUCAUCAGACUGUGAUCAUGCCCCCAUGCGGAUGUGUUAUCUCAUGAUCUCAAGUAGCUUAUGAUUGAGGUCUCCAAUGGCUUCCCACCACCAUGGUAUCGCGAAGACGGUUUGCGAUUGCCUCAUCAGAAGAUGGAUGGUAUUGACUGAUCAGAGAUCCUCAAAUAGAUAUGAUACUAGUUCUUGAAGACAGAGUAGGAGCAGUUGUAGCAGUUACCAUGGUCAACCCUACAAGUUUACAUUUUGACUAGCUUUUACACCUUUUUAUGGGGUUAGGAACUCAGCAUUCAAUUGUUCCAAAGUCAAGAAAUGGCUUCUGAAUUGUUGUUAGACUAAAUGGGUCACGUUUGGCAGCUGGCUUGGCACUUCUCCUAUAAUGGAUUAACGAUUUCUCUUAAUCCUCUUUAUUUUAGUAAUGAUGCAAUUAAAUUAAUUCAUGUUUGCCUCUCCUUUGUCUGUUAAAAAUGCAAUUUAGCUGCUUUUAAAAU